CACUCGCUUCACCAUAUAAAAAGUUACAGAGAAGAUUUCAAAAGCAUAGAGAGAACAAAACAGAGUAUUCAAUGUUCGGUUCCAUGCAAUGGCAAUCUCAGGCUCAGAUACUCCAACCAAACUGACUGCCCCGUCCGAAACCCACUGCGUUAAAUGCGAGUCAUGCGGCUUCACCGAGGAAUGCACCGUCGCUUACAUCAUGCGAGUCCGGGAACGUUACCAGGGCCGUUGGAUUUGUGGCCUAUGCACCGAAGCCGUCAAAGACGAGGCCCUGAGAUCCGUGACGCUCAUCUCCACGGAGGAAGCGUUGGAGCGACACAUCCGUUUCUAUGAGAAGUUUAGGGCGUGGAGUCCUUCGGAUGAGACGGAACAUCCUAUUUUUGCCAUGGGGAGGAUUCUUCGUCGAAGUCUGGAUUCGCCCAGAGCUCUUAGGACUAAAUCUAGUAGCGCCUUGCCUGGACUUGAAGGACUUAAGCGCCCUCCUCUGUUUCGAUCUGAAAGUUGUUUCUCAGCUCUUUCUACCUGAAUUAGAAUUCUUCUCAAACUCUUUUUCUGCAUCGGAUUGAUCGUUACAUAGACUAGAUAUCUCUAAUGUUUCGGCAUCUCAAUUCAAUCCACCUUAUGUAUGAUUUGUAUAUAGCAUAUAUGUUAUAUACAUUUGAUAAACUGCGUCAGGUUUCAAACUUAUCU